AUGGAUGUACGCUCCGCUUCCUUGCCGUGCCCUCACGUGCCACACAUGUUCCCAUCCGGCGGCAGGAAGGCAUCUGUGCCACUGGCAUUUUCCGCGCUGGUUCAGCCACCUGCUUCCCGUUACUCAAGGGGCACGUGCUGCUGUGGUCUCAGGAGACAGCCUGGCAGGAAUGAGGCUACUCAAGCCCUGCUCUUACCAUCUCUUGAGAGGGAUGAGAGCAAGCAGAUAGUGGCUGAAUUAGGUGUUUAUUCAGCUUGGAUUUCUGUCUGUGACCCACGGAUUGAGAACCAGGGUAGCAUCCUCCUUGCUGUUCUUGGACCAGGGCAAAAGUUUUGUAGUAACCUGUACAGAGUCUGCAGCCAGUUGCCAGCCACUUUUUGCAGUGUACCUCGUGAUAUUUCGUGUCUCACACUGCCAUCUAAGGGCCAUGCUCAUGCAAGCAAAGACCUGGAAGAGCAGUUGCGGUCUGUGUCGAGCGUGGAUGAACUCAUGACAGUACUUUAUCCAGAAUACUGGAAAAUGUUCAAAUGUCAAUUGAGGAAAGGAGGUUGGCAACACAACAGGGAACACUCCAGCUUUGACACAAGAUCAGAUGAUUCACUGAAAUUUGCUGCGGCACACUAUAACGCAGAGAUCCUGAAAAGUAUUGAUACUGAAUGGAGAAAAACUCAGUGCAUGCCACGUGAAGUGUGUGUGGAUGUGGGAAAAGAGUUUGGAGCAACUACAAACACCUUCUUUAAACCUCCAUGUGUAUCCAUCUACAGAUGUGGAGGUUGCUGCAAUAGUGAAGGACUCCAGUGUAUGAAUAUCAGCACAAAUUACAUCAGCAAGACA